UGUCAACUUUUUCUAAACGUAAACACCUAUUUGCUUUGCAUACCUUUACUUUUCCAUUAUUUAUUUUAACUGUAAAUGAAAUUUACCGAAAUGAAUAACAAUAUAGUUUAGAAAUCAAAUUCCACACUAUGUUUAGUUACGACGUCAAGUUUCUAACAAGUGACGAUUCCAUUUAUCUAAAGAACACCGAAUUCAAAAGUUUGAAGUAUGAAACUAAAAAAAAGGUUGAUGAAUCUAUCCACGACCAUGGGAAAAGGAGUUACUGUGAACGACGCGGUGGAGUAUGGUGGUCGACGAAACCUAGACAACUUCGUCAAUUAGAAUCUAAGCUCCGCGAAAAGAACAUAGUGUACAGUGAAUGGACCACAGAUUCCCUAUGCACCUUAGUUUUUUCUUCAGGUGUCAUUGCUUAUAUCACAGUAAAAUGCAGUACACUGGACAUGACCCAUAUACUGUUCGAUAGAUACUGUGUGGGUAAACUCAAUGGACAAAUGGUUACAGGUGUUGUUUUAUGUAAAUCUCUACUACUUUUUACUCAUACUGAUAAAACUGGGACACUGAUCACAUUUGGUAAAAAUAUUGACAGCAGUCUUCCCAUACAAAUCUCUGAUAGAGACCCACAUUUACAGAUUGUCAAUCUAGGUGGCAGUGCAAGGAGAGCCGAUAGACGAGUCUCCUCUUGUGAAACACCCAGUUAUGUGCGCAUAUUGGUGUGGGGCGCCACAAUAAUAGAACCAGCACCUUGGAGCCCUGUGCUGGAGGAUCAUGCUAACUUACAUUUGUACCAGAUAACUGGGCAGCAAAUGACAUUGCUAGCAUACCAUCAGCUGGAAAACGAAGUAUUAUUUGCUGAACUCUCUCACAAAUAUGAUCAUAUAGUGCACAUUGUAGAACAAACUGCAUGCCAUAAGAACGGAGUAAGUCUAAUAUGGCUGCGCUACGAAAUACCUGAAGGAGAAAACAAAAUAACAAAGCUAUCUACCCUCCGUGAGAACGUAACAAGGGUGUCUCUGCCCGCGCCCGCUCGAGUCGCCAGGCGCUCUCCCUGCGACUCCAAGCUGCUUGUCUCUUGUAUAGACGCCUCCGUACACGUCAUACACCACAGUGCUGGACUCACUCACUCCACCAGGGCUGGAUUUAUAGCCACCGACGUGCGGUGGGCGGGCGAGCUGGUGGUGGCCACAGAGGAGGCGGGCCGCUUGCAGUGCUUCGACCGCGCACUGUCGCUGCUGCACCAUCACACCAAGUGCUUGGACCUCACCUCUUAUAUGCGGGAUGCAAAACGUGUACAAAUAUUAUCAAGCCUGACUCUCAGAGGGGGGCCUCUUAUACUGGCCUCGUUCACCGGGGGCCCUUUGACGCUCCUUCGAAUUACACACGCGCGCCUCAUAUCGGCUUGGAUCCGCUCGUACCGGACCCCAAACGCAGUGGCCCUACUGCGUGCACUGGACUGGGAGGAGGAAGGGGCGGAGUGUCUCAACGCGAUCAGCGAGAUAGUGCGCCACGCGCUGCGCAAGGGCGCGCUGGGGGAGAGCGGGGAGGCGGUGCAGAGUGCGCUGGGCGCGUACUUGGCGCCUGGCGUGCCCCUGCCUCCCUCCGCUGCCAAGUAUGCGCCCGCCGUACACGACUUGGCGAGGAAGUUCUUUCAUCAUUUACUGAGGCGCGGUCGUAUCGAGAAAGCGCUCAGUUUGGCCGUGGACUUGGCGGCGUGGGACCUGUUCGUAGACGCGCGGUGGGCCGCCAAGAAGCACAACCUGCCGCAGCUCGUCGAAGAGGCGACCACUUGCGCUGCGCACUACGCCCGGCUGGACGGACCCGAUUCCGAAUGUUCCGGAUCCUGUUCACAAUGCAGCUCGCAUUCGUACUCGAGUUCGGACGACGAAUCGAGCUCGUCGUCCAAACCGGCGAAAAAUCCCCCACCACUGCCUCGGGUCCCCCUACCUCCCCACCCCUCCAUACUCACCGUCCCAAUAACCCAAAACGAACCAUUCACCACCAACAGCAUCCGACCGAACCUACACCAAUAUUUAGAACGCGACACGACAAUUUGGGGCAAAAACAUUCCUUCGCGAGAUGACCCUUACGUCAACAGUAUGUACAAAAGAGACGUGAAACCGACAAACCCAGUCCAAAACGGCCGAUGGGGUAGCAUGGACAACGUCCUCAACUAUCAAAGGCCCCCAAAGAACUCCGUCAACUAUGAGUACGCUAAAGCAACCCAAAGCGUAUUGGAUAUUCUUCCACGGAACCAAGAAGACAGGAUAGCAUCGCAUUUCAAACACUUAUUUCAGACGGAGUUGAAGGAGGAAGCUAGCAACGACAGAUACAUCGCCAAUAUAUCGAGCAAUAGUAAUUUCAAUGGUCGGUAUCCUCAGGACAAGUUCUGGACUGCGGUGAAACCUGAAAGGAAUAAAGUCAAGUUUUCCGACACAGUGACGAUCGCAGUUGUCUCGGAGGCUCUAACCCCCAACCCGGCGCUGGAGUUAGCCGCGAGCUUGCCUCUAUGCGCGCCGCACAAGUACCUGGCAGCGUUCGCACCGCACCCGCCCGCGCCGCAGCCCGCACCCCCGCCGGCGCCCGCGCCGCACCCGCCCGAAAAUGCCGCUCAAAAGAUCCCUAAAAUCAAAGUUGUACAUUUUGGUAUGGUGUAAAAACAUAUACAUACAGGGUGCUCAGGAGUAUUUCCCAUAACUUAGGGUUAUCCUUUACUAAAAAUUAAUUCUAUAAAUGUUCAAGGAACAUGUGUUUUAAAAGGUUUUUUUUGGAGUGAAUAAUAUUUCUCAUGUAAAUAGAUCUUAAAAUGUAUCCCAUAAACGCAUCCUUAUAAUUAAUAAAGUAUUAAUAUUUUAAAAUGCAACAUUGUCGCUUUGUUACGUAAAGGCGUAUGUUACAUGGAUAGUCGGUAUUAUUUGAAUUACUUUGUAUGAAAACAUAUUUCUUUAGUUAAUAAAAUAUUAGAUGCAGGUCGGUUCCUAUAUUUAUGUGGUCUCGUUAAUACCUACAAGUUACGGGAAAUACUCCCGAGCACCCUGUACCUAUAGUUUACAAUUUAGAAUAUAAGUACAAUAUAAUAUUAUAUAUUGCCUCAAUGUAUUCCGUCCAUGACUAAGCUUUAAUACUUUAUAAAUACAUGAGUAAAUAAUUAAUUUCAAUAAAAUUAUUUUUAUAUGAAAA